UACGGUUCCGUUGGCUGAGAUGAGGGAUGGCAAGGCGCAACGACGAAGGUUGCUCCGAACCAGGCCCGGGACCCACCAUGGGCCGGCCCGUGUAAGGCCCCACCUCACUCACCCACAGCCACAGCUAAAAUCCUCCCAGCGCCGCUUCAGGUCCUUCAUCGCGCGCCCGUGUUUGGAGGAAGUGAACGAAAACAGGCCGAAAGCUCUGACCAACGGCCCAGACAAAGACAGGGCGGGAGACGCGUGAGGGACGGAGAAGGAGGCGAGCGUGAGAUCAUGCACGAGUAUCGCCUGGUGCAGGCCUGCAGCAGCAGCAAUCAGGGUGCUGUGGCUGCAGCUGUCGUGCCUGGCCAGCGAACGACGAGGCUGCCUCGCGGGGCGGCAACCGUCCACUGGCGGACAUCCGUCCUCAUUGACACACAUAGCGCAGGAAACCCGACGGCCGCUCUCAACGCCGAUAAACCUUUCUUUUGCAGACUCGAUAGACAACGUCGCGUCUUGCCGGAAGCGCCGCCGUUCCAGUGACGUCGGCGCCACGUGAUGGGGCCGGGCGGGGGAGGACGGGAGAAGAGGAGAAGAAGAAGAAGAAGCGAUGAGCCUAGGGGAAGGCCCAACCCCCUCCGUUGUUGCCAUUUCGAUUUUCAUUCUCCAUCUCCAUUUGGUUGCCGCCGGCGCUUCGAGGCUGAACCACGCAUACGUGCAUACAUACAUACAUACUACCUCAUCCCUCCCCCCUCCUCUCUCGACUCCACCCAUCUCAUCCAACCCCCUCCGCUCAUCCGCUACUUCAUUCUCCGCCACGACCACCGCAGCCAGACCGCCGCCCGCGUUUGCGUGCACACCAUCAUCAUACCCCCCGUUGUGAGCUCCAAUACGGGCGCCCCAGCUCGUGCGUGCCUGGAGAGCCUGACCCAUUCUGGGGGCGCCUUUUACUCGACCAAUUACGGCGUCGCAUCGUCCAUACAGGUCCAGGAACCAAGUUGGUGCCGCCGGGACAGGCCACUUGACCACGCCUCGGGUCGACCCCGUCCGUCUGACUCUGCUCACGUACGGACGGUUACGGCCACAACCCUGUCACAUCAUCGGGUCGCUCACUCACUCAUCAGUGCUCUAACGGCCGGCCACCAACGCUGCGGGACCCUGCGGGUGCCUGCGACCUGCGACCACGACCGGCAUCAGGAUCCCCAGGGAAGCCUCCAUCUUAUAUAUCUAGUCCUGUAGCGGCCCAACCUGCAUCAGCGAUCCCCCCCUCCCUUGACGCCAGACCGCAGCGUCUUCAUGGUUGCUGGCGGCCAUGCACGUCCCACCUGCCGACCCCAACCGACGCUGUGAUGCAAUAGGCACCUGCAGCGUGGACAGCCCUGACUGGUUCGACGAGGCUGCCUCUUGCUUCCUGCAUGCUUCGACUACGACUGGCGUCGCCCCUACGUCCCUUCGCACAUAGCUUGGACGCCUUUCUCAUCGCUCGCGGUUGGCGAGCCGGACCAAGCGCCCCCAGCGCCCCAGAGCCCAACCCCAGCCUGGGGCUGCGAACAAGAUGGGGCUGGAUUCCCAUCGAGUCGCCGACAAUGGCGACGGACGCUCUGCGCGCUCAAGACGCUAUCGCGCCGAGUCGCACGAUUGGGACACGCAGCCCGACCCAAUUCGUGAUUCGCCGCCUCACCAUCGGGCCGGCAAAGUACAUAGCUCCCGGCGCAGGACCUCGAUGCGCCGCGCCGGAAGCAGCUCCAGGAGCCUGGAUGUGCCAGAGUCUGUGACCAUGCCGCCGCCGCCGCCGCCGGCCAGGUCCUCGACCGACGUCUAUAGACGACCGAGGAAUUGGAUGGCCUACGACGACGGAAGAGAGUCGGUCACCAGCCGGCGGCGCUCCAGGAGAGAUGCCUCUCCAACAUAUGAUCGCCGGGACUAUGGCUCCGCUGAUCAUUCUGCGUACUCGUCGCCAAGCGGCCUGGCGUAUGGCGAUGCCGAUAGGAACCACAUCGAGGUCGUUGAAGACGCCGAGGAGGAGGUCGCCACGCGACGUGGCGGCAGGCAGUCCAGCCGUGAUGACUACAUGAGCUCAUCAGCGGGGACGAGGUAUCGACGCCGUGGUCGGCGACGGAGCCAUACCGAAGAGAUAGUAGUAUUACGACCAGACCACCUGCGCGACGAUGACGACGCUUCGCCCGCCCGCGAAUCGUCCCGCACGGCGGACUUUAGCGGCUCUUCCCGGCAUGGUCGGAGGCAGAUGCAAAAUGUCAUUGAAGAUUCAAGACCGCCAGUAUCUUCUCAAAGAUCUCUUGUAAAACGAAGACACCGAUCGGCCGAGGUGAUUCAACACGACGAUCGUCCUCGGAGAUCUAGCACAGUUCGGUCCAGCCGGAGCAGGGCAGGGUCUUUCUCAGGCGGUCCCUCCGGUAUACUCGGUAGCAUUUUCGGGACACCGUCGUCCCGACGUGCCUCGCCAGAGAGGCACGCCAAAGAGCCUAGAGCCGCACCACGGGUCGACUGUGUGAUUUGCAUGGGUGACAUUUCACUCUCCAAGGCAGCCAAGCUAAGAUGCGGACAUGCCAUGUGCCGGUCGUGUUUGGAGCGCAUCUUCAAGCUAUCCAUUACAGACCCACAACACAUGCCCCCCAAGUGUUGCUCCCAAGAGCAUAUCCCGCUCAAGCACGUGGAGCGCCUAUUCGAUAGCAAGUUUAAGAAGACGUGGAAUCGCAAGUUCGCAGAAUACUCGACCAAAAAUCGCCUCUACUGCCCGUCGCGGAAAUGCGGCGAGUGGAUCAAGCCAGCCAACAUUCGCAGAGAACAUGGCCGAAAGGUCGCCCGCUGCAGCCGUUGCAAGACCAAGGUGUGCGGCAUCUGCAACGGCAAAUGGCAUGGUUCAGACGAAUGCCCUAGGGACGAGGAAACGGCCCAGCUUCUGGCGCAAGCGAAAGAGGAGGGCUGGAAGCGAUGCUAUCGCUGCCGAGCCGUGGUCGAGUUGAAAGAAGGAUGUAAUCAUAUGACGUGUCGGUGCGGCGCGGAAUUUUGUAUGAUAUGCGGCGUCAAGUGGAAGGGGUGCGACUGCCCGUGGUUCAACGAUGGCGGCUACACGGGCGAUUUUCUAGAGCAUAUGAAUGUGCCGAUACCGCAGAUCAGGGGCGACCUACGAGACAUUUUCAACAGUGAAGGCCCGCCAGCUCCGGCAGAGCUGCGAGACAGCCACCCAGUGACGAUGCCGGUCCGGAUGCGGCCGCGGCCGCGCAGCUACCAGGAAGAGAUGCUUGUGCGACAACUACAGGAACGGCGAGAUGCCGAGGUGGCGCGAAAUUUACAAUAUUCUGACGACAUUUACGAUGAACAUGACAUGAUGGGCGGCGUCGGCGACGUGCUUGGCAUUGGGAACGCAGCAGGGCAUUACAUGAACGACAACUACAGACGCGGUGGCCGCUUCACGGCGCCUCUGCAGGGGCCACCUCGCGUGACGGGUCUGGACAGUGGCGUGGACUACGUGGCCGGAUUUGGGCGGGCGAGGGGCCACCGAGGGGACUCGAUGGAGCGCCGACUGGCGGACAGGAUGUCGGAGACGAGAUCCGGGAUUGGGAUGCGAGGGCCGGUGAUGGCACCGCUGUCGCCGCCGAUGUCACCACCGAUGCGUGGGCCUCCUCCAAUGGUGGCGGCGGCGCCUCCCAUACCGGUGGAGAUGAUGGCGCGGACAGUGGUGCAGGGACGCGGAGGGCUCAGGCAUCACAGUUUGGAGGAGGAAUUGUACAACAGGUCGCCGCACACGCCGCGGUCAGAGCGGGUGGUGGGCGGGCGCAUGUCGCGAAACUACCAAGACGAAGCAGAGAUUCACGCCCCCAGGGGUACGAGGCAGCGCUUGCGCGUCGAGGAGCGGCCACGGCCGUCGGAUAUGGCGGGCCUCAGGAGCUACGGCGGGCAGGGUAUGGGACGGGUAUCGCAGUGGAGGACGUUUGUGGAACCAGGCGUUCCGGACGGGGAGUCGGUUGUUGGGCAUGCCUGAGUGCGUAUGGAGUGUUGUACCUACAAUGGGCUGUCUCUUCUCUUGGGAUAAUGACAACCCAAGCUUCUCAGGGGCGGACGGAGCAUGAGACGUGAAGCACGAGUGAUGGGCGAGUAUGCAGCGUCGCGGUAUCGCCGUGAAGCGCCCCGAACAUGCGGCUCGUGAGCAGUAUCGUAUACGUACUGUGGUGUACUAUAUGUUUCUUGGUAUGCCACGUAGCUUGAAGUUGGGUGAUGCAGCCGGUCACAUGUAAUUUCGGGUGCCAUGCGUAAUCUGCUGGCAGAUUCUACUGCUGGGGUGACGAUGGUGCGGCCCAACAAGGCUCGAGGUCGACGCCCUCACAGGAGCAAAGCCGCAAUAGGGGCUGAUGAGGGCGCAGGUCCGCGUGAUGUCACGAGGGGCGGGCGCUCGUGAUGAGAGAGCGGGCGCUUGAUGGUCGACGAGCGGGCGGCGGCGGCGGCGGCUGGAGCGGGGUGUGGGCCGGCCGCCGCCCAACUGCUCACACGACGAGACCGGGAAGCACGCGCACGGUGCGUUGCGCCCGUGGGCAGUUUUUGUCGGUUUUGGACGCUGCCCUUUUGGCAUGGUGG